CACCAAACCUGCUGUCACCAAACCUUAGAAUGGGUAGCACCACCAUCCUUCCCCGUGGUGCACUGGCCAUGGGGGUGGCGCGGGCCAUCCGUCGCUUUAGCACAGAUAUCCCGGACCCACUGAGAGAGGAAGAAGAAUCAGAGCUGACACAGGGCAUGAAACCAACUGCCUAUCGCAAUGGGAAGGUACACACAAGGCCUAUUCGUCAGCGUACCCGCUUUGUACAAAAAGACGGUCACUGCAAUGUAGAAUUUAUUAACCUCAGUGAAAAGAGCCAACGCUACUUGACUGAUCUUUUUACCACAUGUGUAGACAUACGUUGGAGGUGGAUGUUCCUUAUAUUCUCCUUUACUUUUGUGGUUUCUUGGCUUAUUUUUGGUUUCUCUUUCUGGCUUAUUGCCUCAUUGCAUGGGGACUUAGCACCACCACCUGAGCCUGGCUCAGAGGAAACCCCGCUCCCUCCUUGCUUCUUACAAGUCACCAGCUUCAUGGCCGCCUUCCUUUUCUCUUUAGAAACUCAAACUUCCAUUGGAUAUGGAUUCAGAAGUGUGACAGAAGAGUGCCCAUUAGCAGUGUUGACUGUGGUGCUGCAGUGCAUUGUGGGCUGCAUUAUUGAUGCCUUCAUCAUUGGAGCCAUCAUGGCAAAAAUUGCCAAACCCAAAAAGAGGAAUGAAACUCUUGUGUUCACAGAAAAUGCAGUGAUUGCUUUAAGAGAUGGAAAACUGUGUCUUAUGUGGAGAGUGGCUAACCUGCGCAAGAGCCAUCUAGUGGAGGCCCACGUAAGAGCUCAGUUCCUGCAGCCUAGAGUCACGCCUGAAGGAGAGUAUCUACCACUGGACCAUACGGAUGUCAAUGUUGGGUUUGACAAUGGCACAGACAGAAUCUUCCUUGUGUCUCCAGUUACUAUUGUCCAUGAGAUUGAUGAAGAGAGCCCACUGUAUGAAAUCAGUAAGGCAGACUUGGAAACUGGUAACUUUGAACUAGUCGUCAUUCUUGAAGGCAUGGUAGAGGCUACAGCAAUGACCACGCAAUGCCGUAGUUCAUAUCUUCCAUCUGAGAUUCUUUGGGGGAACAGAUUUGAACCAGUCCUGUUUCAGAAACGUAAUCAUUAUGAGGUGGACUACCUACACUUCCAUCGUACUUAUGAAGUCCCUAAUACACCCACAUGCAGCGCCAAAGAGCUUUCUGAAAGGAAAUAUUCCACAGUGACCCGAAGUUCAUUCUGCUAUGAGAAUGAAGUAGCCCUUAGCUGCAUCUGUGAUGAGGAACCACCUGCCCUUGUGGACACAAAAACAUUGAAUGCUGAAGUAUCUCUUGAGUUAGACAUACUUAGGGUUGUGGAUCCCCUAGAGGAAAUAUUGCUAACAUGA